GGCAGUAUCACACAAUUUACGUGGGGAAUCGCACGGGCUACGCGAUUCCUCGGAGGGGAACUAACAUUUGUGCUCACUGUUGUCACAUCUAAAGAUGCCCCCCCGACGAGGCGGCGGUGUUUUUGGCAGUGCAUUGACGGAGCUCUGACACUACUGCUUGAUUGAAUGAGUUUAUAGCGAGUGCAUGUGGUGCCACUGUAACGCGAACUAACAGCAGAAACACGCGGCGGGGACACGACUUGACGUGUGAACGCCAGAGACGGUCAACACGUAGUUGAAAUAACCAAAGCGAUUUGCUGCCAUAAGCUAGCACCUCGUCGAGCUAGCCAGUAGGUAAGGUUAGCCUGGUAGCUAAUGCUAGCGGUUACCAGUAUAUUUAGCUAAUUAGUAUUGGCAACAUAAUUCGCGUGGCCUUUGCGUGUCCUAUGAGCGCACGUCGCUAGCCGUGUGAACCAAAAAUGUCCACAAAUUCGCUGGAUAAAGAGCUACAGGAGCAGCUGAGAGAGGCGUCUGCCAUCGGGGAUAUCGAUGAAGUGCGGGCGUUAGUGGAGAGUGGGGUUAAUGUCAACUCACAAAACGAAAUCAACGGAUGGACGUGCUUACACUGGGCAUGCAAGAGGAAUCACAAGCACAUAGUGUCCUACUUACUCAGUUGCGGAGCAGACAAAGACAUCCUCACAGCAAAGGAUGAGUUAGCGUCACAACUGACAUCCAAGCCGGAGAUCAAAAGACUGUUAGGAGUUGAGGUGGAGGAAGUGCCUGAAGUGAAGGAGCCCGAGUUGCCAAUCGUCCCCAACUACCUGUCUAACCCGCCCUUUAUGUAUUCCAAGAUGGACAAGAAGUCAGAGGUGAUUCACCUUACACAAAACGGUUCUGGAGAGCACGCUGAAGACACGCAGAGUGAUUCGGCAUCUCUUUCGCCAACGCACGAGCCUCCUCGGAAAUCACAGAGCCUCGUCUUUGAUGCCUCCGCUCCUUCCUCAAAUCCCACCAUCAACCACAGCCAAGCCCAGACUGGGGAGUUCAUCCCUGUGAACGAGCAGAACGGUGUCUCACCCAGCACGGCUGCUUCCCACAGUCACGCUGUCGUUAACUGCACGGUGCCCAUGGACCUAUCAGUCGAGCCUCACCUCGUCAACCACGCCGAUUACCCGCACACAGUGGUGCACAACGGCACCGUGUGUUCGCCUCCACUGGCCUCACCCAGUCCCAGCUUGGCUAGCAACGGUGGGAGCCAGGUCCAAGCCCCAGUGGCAAGCACAAACCCAACUGUGAGCAGACAGCAGUCCAUCCCGCAGCAGCUGAGUUACGGCCAGGCUGGUGGUGCCAUGCCAGCCUUCCAGCCUUUCUUUUUCACCAGCACCUUCCCUGUCAAUGUACAAGAGUUGGUACUGAAGGUGCGUAUCCAGAACCCCAAUGCACGGGAGAACGACUUCAUUGAGGUGGAGCUGGACCGCCAGGAGCUCACCUAUCGUUCCCUUCUACGAGUCUGUUGCCGUGAGUUGGAUAUCAGCGCCGAGCACGUGGAGAAGAUCCGCAAGCUGCCCAACACCAUGCUGAGAAAGGACAAGGAUGUGGCUCGGUUGCAGGACUUUCAGGAGCUGGAGGUCGUGUUGGAGAAAGCAGAAGGCCUGUCCCUCUUCUCUGGGUCUGGGGGCCUAACAGACAGACCCUGCUACAACAUGAAGGCCUCCCGACUCACCUACUAGAGCUCCCAAAAAGCUGGAAGUCCCCCUGCUUACAAUGGGCUUCUGUAGCUACCCUCAAGCAACCAUAACUAGUUGCCUGCCCAGGUCCCUCGUUACAGUUUUGUUCAGCUUUGGUGUUUUGCCAGUUUAACUAACUGGGAAUCUUUUUUUUCCCCCCAGACUGUAGCUUAUUGUUUGCCUCCUGUCCUCCUCUGACCCUCACGCUGCUUUUGUGUACCCAAACCAGUUCUAAGCGAUUACUGAUGCAUGGUGCCCUGAAUGACGUGCAGAAGUAUUCGGGCACCUCUCUCAUCUCUUUAGCUCUUUUCUCUCCUCCCACUGCACUUUGUGCCAAGGCUCCAGUUGGACAACAGAGGAGGACACUGGCUUGUCUUCCUUAUGGGCUGGACUUGAACGGGAUUCUGCAAUAGCCUUAUAUGGACACGUUUCUAUACUGGUUCAGGCUGUGGUCUGAGAAGACAGCGAGCAGAGGGCAACAGGAAGGAUUUGCAUAACUCUAACUGAUAAGAUAAUCAAGUCAACAGAACAGGACCAGGCGCAGCACAGUGGACGUGACCUGUUGAGUGAUAUCACACGUACUGGCUCUAGUACACACUUUCAUAUAUGCUGUAGGCAAAAAACUGUGUGGUUUUUUUUUUUUUUCCUGCAGUGUAUCUGCUCUUGGCCUAAUUCUCAAGGUGGAUUUAAUCUCACAACAGGUGACAUUUGAAGUAUCGCUGGACUAAUUUUACUUGUAUUAGACGAUAGCAGAGAUGACGCUUUAAUCUCUUUCCCACAAGGAUGGACACGUUUGAGCAGGAGUACUCGUUUCCCUGCAUAGUGAAACCAUUCAGUUGUACACUGUGGUAAAGGAAGAUCUAGUUAUGUUUGUUUAUUCACGUAAGACUUAAAUGUUGGAGAUAAAACUGCAGCCACUUGAAACUGACCCCCCCUUUUUUUUCCUUUUUCUUUUUAAACAAAUAUCACUUUUGCUUUGCAGGGUAUGUUAAUAUGUUUCGUCACUAUAAAACUUAUCGUCAACUGUGAAGGGUUCAUAUUUAAUUUACAAUUACACUAAUACUAAUAAAGCAAGACCAUGAAUAACGCUUUAGGCUGAUGAGGCUCGAGUCCCAGCAGAGGUUGCUUAUGACUCUCCGUUUCGUUUUUCCAUGAGUUCGAAUGUAUUCAGUUGUUGUCCAUAUGUUUAAAUGUGUUAGGAUUGAAACCAAAAACGAAUCUAGCCAGCAAAGAUGCUAACCACAUAAAAGAAGGCAUCCUCGACCGAUAUUCAACUCCAGGAAGGAAUGAAACAAGAGAUUGCUAAGGACCUGACGGUGUUUGUUUUUUAUGAUUCAGCGCUUCCUUGUUGCGAAAAUAAUAUUACAAACAGCACUGUCACUUCAAUUCAAACCUAAACUCGUAUAUGGUGACUAGAUUUUUUUUUUUUUAGUAAAGACAGGAGGAGUAUAAAUGUAUGGCUUUAGUUCUACCAGCAAGGCCAGUCUAGUGCUAGUAAGUCCUUUUAAAAAUUUAAAUACACAACAAAAAAAUCAAAGUAAUGUUAGUUGACGAUUAACACUAAUAGGAAAGCUAAUUGUUAAACUGGUGAAGAGGCACAGCCACGUCGUGUUAGAUGGUAAUGUUUAUGCUGCUUUCAUCGACACAUAAUCCUUUAAUUCACGAUGCUGGGGCUCGUUUCUUUUAAGCAGUGCUGGCGGACGCCGCUCAUGCCCUGCAAUCAGUUUCUUACCCAGUGGUAACUGUUUACUGUUCAACUGUAUUACCUGAAGCUCUUACUGUAUUUAUAUGUUUUAUAUUUUUUAAUUAAUUUGUAUGUAUGUUUUAAACCAGCUAGGCCUGUUGUUUACGUGUCAAAAAAAAAGUCUAAUGUCUCGGAGGAGUUCAACAAAGUGGCGGGUGGAGUGCUGUGAUGCUGAAGCUAAGUGCAAUGUGUGGGGAGGAGGAAGGUGUUUCAGAGGUUUUCUUGAAGGUGAAAGGAGGUAGACGGAGUGCUUAGUUUAUGUUCCAAACUAUUUUAAAAUGCUUUAUUAAGUGAAGUUGUGCCACGUGUGUCAGGCAGGAGCUCAGUUGAGAAAGUGGGGACGGUUUGCGCCCCGGUGAAUGAGAGCAGCAUGUUUGCAGUCGGUUUUUAUGGAGUCGUCUUUGAUUCUGUGGGAAGCGGAUGACUAACGUUGUAUUUGUUGGGUUGCUUAUUGUUCUAGAAAAAGCAGUUUGACUUAACCUAUGCAUUCAGAGUCUGAUAUUUUUAUAUACAGUACGUCCUGUGUACUUGUAGAAUUAAUCUUGGGCACUGUUUAAUUUUUUUUUGUUUGUUGUUUCUGAUGACCUGUAUGUUCUUUGAUAAAGCAUGGCAUAUCUCCA